GUCAUUUCCGAGCGCCUGGUUAAAACCAAAUCAACGUCAUAUCCGUGCGACGGCCAUCAGUCAAGCGAGAGGAGCCGACAGCUAGCGUUAGCCGUACGAUAUCUACAGCGGGAGCGCGUAGCGACACUCAAAACCAAAUUACUCCCGUUUGACAAGCCGUUUGCUCCCGCCAAGACGCGGCCCUUCCCCGUCACAAACACACGCCGUGACGGAGUCGAAGCAACCGUCCGAGCCGCAUAUUCCUCCCGACUGCUCUGAGCCAAGCGGCGUUUUUUCACCAGCACCCCCGCGCGGACUGAUGCUAAGUUAGCCGGUGCCGCUAACGUGGUCGCCCGCUGCCGUACCAGUGGGCUACACACUGGGUAGGGAAGACACGAAAGCAGGACAUCGACCCAGCGGAGGCUCCGGCGUUUGCUCCCCGUGGCCCAUGAGGAUACCUCGCUCCGAAUACACCGCCGCGAGGAGUUACCGGAGGGGCCCGCCGUCCUCGCACUUGUGAGCAUGUCAAGACCUUCUCCUCAGACAGCUUAGCGAAGGUGCAGGAGGUAGCAAGCUGGCUUUUGGAAAUGAACCAGGAUCUGCUGUCGGGGGGCAGCAGCAGCAGGCGGAGUCGAGGGUCGGGGGGUCCGGCGGCGAGAGGUAACGCCUCCUCCUCCGCCGUCCGGACACCCCGGCAGCCGGCCGAGGAGGGUGACGAGGAUGAGCACAUGAACCGGGUGCUCGAGGACGAGGAGCGGCCACAGCAACAGCCCGAGGCCUCACAUGUGGACGUGGACAGAGGACCACCAUGGGCACCUGGCGACCCUGCGCCAAGCAACGGCCCCCGGGGGGACAGUGGGGGAGGCGAGGAGGGUCCCCCCGGCAAGGUGAACCGGGGCGAGAAAGGACCCCGCUGGACGUGGAGGGCCGAGCAGAGGGAGCGGACGCAGGAGGACGACGAGGAGGAGGACGAUGAGGAGGAGGAGGAGGAGGAGGAGGAAGAGGAGGAGACCAACAACAACAGCGGCAGUCACCGGGAAGAGGAGGAGGAGAGGACAGAGGGAGGGCAGGAACAGAGGAGGACGAGGGACGAGGAAGAGGGGGAUGAGGAGGAGGAGAUGGACCAGGACAGCGACGACUUUGAGCACUCGGCGGAGAGCGGGCGCGAAGAGGAAGAGGAGGAUGAGGAAGCAGAGGAAGGGUUGAUGUCUCCCUCCAUCAGGAACAAUGUGACGGUCGCCAGCAACAACGUGGGCUCGCACCAAAGCUCCUCCAACAAGAAGAUGAAGAGAAAGUUGGACCAUGGUCCAGAGGUCCGAUCUUUCCCUUCAGGAAAAAAGCCCUGCAAAGGUCCCGAGUAUCCGAGCCCGACGGGAAUGGUGCCGUGCCCGGCCACGCCCACCACAUUUGGACACAUCCGGGCAGCCAACGGUCAGGGCCAGCAGAGGCGCCGUAUCACCUCCAUCCAGCCGCCGUCGGGGCUCCAGGAAUGGCUGCGGACGUUUCAGAGCUGGACUGGCCCUGAGAAGCUGCUCGCGCUGGACGAGUUGAUUGACAUCUGCGAGCCCACGCAGGUGAAGCAUAUGAUGCAGGUCAUCGAGCCGCAGUUUCAGCGCGACUUCAUCUCCCUGCUGCCCAAAGAGCUGGCUCUGUACGUGCUCUCAUUCCUGGAGCCCAAAGACCUCCUCCAAGCGGCCCAGACGUGUCGCUACUGGCGCAUUCUGGCAGAGGACAACUUGCUGUGGAGAGAGAAAUGCAGAGAAGAAGGUAUCGAUGAGCCUUUGCCCCUCAAGAAGAGGAAAAUUGUCAAGCCCGGCUUCAUUCACAGCCCCUGGAAGAGUGCCUACAUCAGGCAGCACAGAAUAGACACCAACUGGAGGAGAGGGGACCUCAAAUCACCCAAGGUGCUGAAAGGUCACGAUGACCACGUGAUCACCUGCCUUCAAUUCUGCGGCAACCGCAUUGUCAGCGGAUCUGAUGACAACACGCUCAAAGUCUGGUCCGCUAUCACGGGAAAGUGUCUGCGGACGUUGGUGGGCCACACCGGCGGUGUGUGGUCAUCGCAGAUGCGCGACAACAUCAUUAUCAGCGGCUCCACCGAUCGCACACUCAAGGUCUGGAAUGCAGAGACGGGAGAAUGUAUCCACACCCUCUACGGGCAUACCUCAACAGUGCGCUGUAUGCAUCUGCACGAGAAAAGGGUGGUGAGUGGCUCUCGGGACGCCACGCUGCGCGUAUGGGACAUCGAGACGGGCCAGUGUUUACAUGUCCUCAUGGGCCACGUGGCGGCAGUGCGCUGCGUCCAGUACGACGGGCGGCGGGUGGUCAGCGGUGCCUACGACUUCAUGGUCAAAGUGUGGGACCCGGAGACGGAGACGUGCCUCCACACGCUCCAGGGCCACACCAACCGGGUGUACUCGUUACAAUUCGACGGAGUCCACGUGGUGAGCGGCUCGCUGGACACGUCCAUCCGAGUGUGGGACGUGGAAACGGGGAACUGCAUCCACACGCUGACGGGCCACCAGUCCCUCACCAGUGGCAUGGAGCUCAAAGACAACAUCCUGGUGUCUGGGAACGCCGACUCCACCGUCAAGAUCUGGGACAUCAAGACGGGCCAGUGUCUGCAAACGCUGCAAGGUCCGCACAAGCACCAGAGCGCCGUCACGUGCCUGCAGUUCAACAAGAACUUUGUGAUCACCAGCUCGGACGACGGCACGGUCAAGCUGUGGGACCUGAAGACAGGCGAGUUCAUCCGCAACCUGGUGACCCUAGAGAGCGGCGGCAGCGGCGGCGUGGUGUGGCGCAUACGGGCCUCCAACACCAAGCUGGUGUGCGCCGUGGGCAGCCGCAACGGCACCGAGGAGACCAAGCUGCUCGUGCUCGACUUUGACGUUGACAUGAAGUGAACGCGGGGCGGCUGCGCAGUUGUUACGGGGAGGAGGAGCUGGGGGGGGGGGGGGGAACAGGAGGUCUCUAAAUGCUACAGCAACCGACGCCGAUCGCAAGGGGGCCCGCCACACUGAACAGGGCCGAUUGUUGGCAUGUACAGAGAACCACCUCGUGAGGAAGGAGAUCUCAGUUUGAAUUUCACUUUGUUGUCGUUCCUGCUCCAUUUGCUUGUUCCCGUUUUGAUCCACGACGUGAUCGACUGUGAAUUUCAAAAUCAUUUUUCCCCCGCCUUCCUGUUGCUAACGGCAACAAAUCCCAGUAUUAGAACCCGCCUUCCCCCCUCAUUGUUUGUUGGGGGGGGAAAACAGGAACAGGAUCACUAUCAAUGCUGUUGAAGUGUUUCGCUCAAGUUUGUGUUCCAGCCUUUCGAGGCCUUGAAUUGUGCUGCCAACUGACCUCCCACCAUGUAUUACAGAGGGAGGGGAGGGGAGGGGGGGGAUAGGAACCUAAAUGCGGUCCAGUUUUUCCCUCCAGUUGUUCCACAGCGAAGAAUUCUCAUACCACUCAGCUCAUCUUACAGUGGAAGAAAACACGAACAUCAAUGCUGUCCAGUUCUUCAGUUGAGCUCGGUGGUGUGUUCCUGCCUUCUGAGAACAGGAAUUCUGAUGCACCACAACCCCUAAACAGGAGCAGAAACGUAAAUGUUGUCCAGAGUUUUGCUCAAGCUCGGUGGACUGUUCCAGCCUUCUGAGAUGUUGAAUUCUGCUGCCCACCAAGUCUCCACAAAUAAAAACAGCAACAGGAACGGCAGUGCUGUCCAAAGUUUUCCAGUCGAGCUUGGGGCGUUCCAGUUAACCUCGCGCCACAUUUCUACAAGGGGGGAACAGGAACGCCAUUGCUGUCCAGAGUUUUUCAGCCCAGCCGGUGCAGUAAUACAACAGAAGCGAAGAAUUCUGCUGCCCUCCUUCCUCAACUACCGACCUCCGACAACACCGCUACAUGAAAAAGGAACAGGAACAUCAAUAGCUGGGUGUGUGUGUUCCAGCCUCACAACAAUUUUACAAGGGCGGAAAAUCAGUAUCAGGAACGCCCAUUCUGUUCAGUCCGGCAUGGUGGUAUAGUCCAACCUUCCGAGGUUAGGAGUUCUGCUUCCAAGGACAGGAACACCAAUGCUGUCCAGAGUUGUUGCGCGCCGGCCUUCUAUGGUGAGGUAUUCAACUGCCCACUAAUCUCUCCAGGAACAGGAACAUCACUGCUGUUUCUUCAGUCUAGUUGGUGGUGUGUUAUAUGCUUCCGAUCUCCCACAACAACAAAAAAAACAGGAGCGUCAAUGCUGUCCAGAUGGUGCUACGUUGAAUCCACCAUGUCGCCACUGGGAAGAAAAAAAAAAAAAAAUCUCAUGACAUCAAAGCUGUCCGCAGUUUUUCAGUCCAGUAUUCCAAGCUUCCGAGGCCAGCGCGCAGCCAGCCGGCCCUCCACGCUCCUCGUCCUCGUCCUCGUCCUCGACCCACUCCCACCUCCCAGCCCGUGGCCAAACUCGACGAAUGCUGCUAGAUGAACUGGGGGGACGAAAAUAGUCAGAACUUUUGACUUUUUCGCUGUGACGUUUUAGUCCCAGGCGAAAUUCCAAAUUGAACUUUGUUUUCUAGCGGGGUUGAAAGAAGAUAUCAAAAAAAAAAAAAAAAAUCCGACUUUUUUUUUUGUUGUUGUUUUUUUUUUUUUGCCACUGAAACUUGAGCCAAACGUGCCUCUACGAGGCGGAGAGGACUGGAUCGCCUGCAUGAGUGUGUUAGCGUGCUAGCAGACUUGUUCCGCAUUCCUCGGGACAACCAGCAGGAUGAUAGCAAUGCUGCGUGGACAACACAACUGAUAAAAAACACUUUACGGGACUUUAAAGGAAAAAGAAUGAACAAAAACGUCCUGGCGUGCGAUUGGUUGUUGUCCGUGUAGGGCCCGCCUACCCGUUGGUUAUUAGUGGGGGGGUAGUUCAAGUGUUAUACACGAUGGGCAAAAAUAAAGGUGAACCUUGUAGCCAAAACGUCUCUCCAAAAGUCACAAGCUGAACUGUGAAAGUGGUUGUAACACUGUAUAUUAAACAAAAAAGAAACAACAACAAAACAAUCUUGCUCUUUCUCCUCGUUUUUCUCCCGCUGUUUUAAUUUAUGGUCUGGUUCGACAAAACAGAUUUAUUUUAAAAAACAUUUUUUGUUUGUUUCCGUUCAUGUAAAACUGCCUGGUAAAAAAAAGGCUAGACAGAUAGAUGGAAAGAAAAAAAAAAGGGAUUUUUUUUUUGUGUGUAUUUGUUUCAUUGACUUAGAAUUUUAUUUUCUUAACUUAAAGUGCAAUAAAUUGUGGGUUUAUUUUACUUUUUUUUUCAUUUCAAGCGAAAAUCCGUUGUCUGUUUUGUUACCUUGUGUGAAGGAAUCUUCUAUGUUGAAUAAAGCAAAUUAUUUGGGUAA